GUGAUGUCGGAUGGGCUGACAAUGACCUUUUGUCAAGACACGUCGUGGUGCGGAUACCGUACCGUUCGGACAAAGUUUAGGGGCACGAGCUGGAUAAAGAAAAGACAGGCGAGGAUGGAGUUGGAGUAGCCGCAUGUGCAUUUUCCUCAGAGGUUCCAUAGUGACCCUAUCUCCGCCAGUUCUCUGAUCCAAACCCGACUGACAUGCGAGCGAUCCUGUCGCGUUCGGAAGUCCAUGGGCGUACCGACGUGGUGGAGAUUCGGGUACGUUUUGGCCAGGUCACGGACUUGCCGAGCGCUAUCGCCGGCGAACAUGUCUACCUCGGUAUGGUCGGUGAUGGCGAUGACGGUCAACGGCCCAUCAGAUCGAGGGUCGCAUCCGGAGAGCAACGUGACGAGCGGACUGACAUCGCGCGUGAUGAACGUCGGAUUGUACAUGACAAGAACCUCGAGACAAGGCAGGGUUAGGCACGUAGAUGAGAGGCGUUCCUCGAUUAUGGGUUCCUCCAACGC